AUGAGUGGCUACCCUUAUGGAAAUCCAGCUGGUGAUUAUCCAGCACCGUAUGCUACAGGUAAUUCUGCAUAUCCUCCAUAUCCUGCCUAUCCUCCGCCACCAAUACCCAUGUAUGCUAAUAAUCAACCGUUUGCAUCACCUUAUGGUAUGCCAACUCCUCAAAUGUCGAGUUAUGAUAAUUAUUUAGCACCAUCCUAUGGUGGAAAUCAAACAUCUGGCAAUCCUUAUGAUUAUGGACGUGGCAACGAUUACCAGUCACUUCCACCACCUGGUGGACAGAUGCCUUCACCUAUGUUAAAUCAGCCCCCGCAACAAUAUGGAGAUUAUGGUAAUUCACAAUAUCAACCGCCAUACUCUCAGGCAACAGCAUCAUCUUUACCUGGCGGCUUAUAUCCAAACAUACAAUCGCCGGCAACGCAAUCUAAUUAUGCUGGUGGUGCAACAGCUCCUUCAUACCAACCACAACAACAAACAUUUUAUCCUGAAGAACAACCUUCUAUUUCACUUGCUAGUUUAGAGCAAUAUCGAGGAACAAUUUUCCCGGUAUCGAAUUUUAAUAUCGAUGCAGAUUGUCAAGCAUUCGUGCAAGCAAUGAAAGGAGCAGGUACGAAUGAAAAAGCUCUAAUCGAUAUUAUUGUUAACCGAUCUAAUGCACAACGCCAACAGAUCAAACAUCAGUAUAAAUCAAUGUAUGGCACGGAUUUAGUGAAACAAAUUUCUGGAGAAACAAGUGGAAACUUUAAAGAAACAAUUUCUGCUUUAUUUGAUACACCUGCAAAUUUUGAUGCAUGGUCAAUACAUCAGGCAUUAACUGCGAGUAAAGAAGGAACUCUACGUGAAAUUUUGCUUACUAGAACAAAUAGUGAAAUUCGAGGAAUUGUUGAAUCGUAUAAACGAACAUUUAACAAGGAUCUUGAAAAAGAAAUUAGCAAGCAUGUACGAGGAGCUGAUUUUAAACGAAUUCUCAUUUCUGCUGUACAGGCUAAUCGAGAUGAGUUAAGUCCACAACAAAUUCAACAAGCUCGUCAAAUGGGCAUUGAAAGCGUUAUUGAUCGAAAUCGUGCUCGUCAAGAUGCUGAUGCUUUGUAUAAGGCUGGUGCUGGUAAAAUAGGAACAGAUGAGAAAACAUUCAAUGCCAUUUUUGCCCAACGUAAUUAUUAUCAACUUCGUGCUAUUUUUGAAGAAUAUCAAAAAAAACAUCACACCGAUAUUGCGAAAGUAAUUCAAUCAGAAUUUUCUGGUGACAUAAAAGAUGCCUAUCUUGUUCUGAUAACUUGCAUUCGGGAUCGACCCUCGUUUUUUGCUGAACGUAUUCAUAAAGCAGUUGUUGGCUUAGGUACCAACGAUUCAACACUUAUUCGUGUCAUCGUUACACGUUCUGAGAUUGAUCUUGUACAAAUCAAAGAACGUUAUCAACAAAUGUAUAAGCAUUCAUUAACUCAAGAUGUUAGUGGAGAUACAUCAGGUGAUUACAAACGCAUCCUUUUAUCAAUCAUAAAAUAA